AUGGGUGCUGGUAGUUCUAAGCCCGAGGCUGCGGGUGGCUCCAAGCAUGUCUUCGCCAGCAACUCUCCCGUUCAAUUCUCCUCGAACCUAGUUGAAGCCCUCCAGAACAACGGCGAGACCGACGCAUCCCGCACCAAAGCAGUGGAACUCGAAAUCCAAAACCGCGUCGCCCAGGAAUUAAAACGCCUCCACGAGCGCGAACAACAAACCCUCGCCGAAAUCGAGAAGCGCCUCGCCUCAGCAAAAGACACAGGCUCAAUCCCCAUCUCAUCAUCCACCGGCCCCAUCGCAAAGUCCACCACCGGAGUCCCAAUCGGCUCUUUGAACCUGGACGCACCCCGAAUCCCAUUCGCAGGCCGUGAGCACGAUGCCCCCUCAAUCGCUACCGCUGUCGAGACUCCCGCACAAGACGCAGCUCUGAAGCGCGAUGUAUCCUCUUCCUCGGUGAAUAGUGAGAUUGAGGCAUUGCGGAGCCGACUUGAUGGACGACGAAAGCUAGUUGAGCUUGAUGACGAGGUUGCUAAGGCUCAGACGGAGGUGAUUGGGUGUUUGAGACUUCAUGAUCGUCGGCCGUUGAAUUGUUGGAAGGAGGUUGAUGCUUUUAAGAAGGAGGUUGCUAAGAUGGAGGCUGCUUUUGUUGAUCGUAUUGUGGGUUAG